AUGAAUCCAGAGCUCCGAACUCACCUGUUCGAUUCAACUGUUCUUCCUGCGUUCUGUUACGCAGCAGAGAUGUGUCCUGACAUUGUGGUUACGUCGAGGGCUUUCGGAACAACCCACAGAACGCUAGAACGACAUCUUCUGAAGUACAACCGACGCACUCAACAUCUCGUCGGACUUCGCAGUUCCCAUAUAUCAAUGUCUCGCCUUCGCGGUCCAGCAGAAUACGUCUCUAAGGCAAAACACCGAUGGGCUGGUCAUAUAAUGAGGAGACAGAUGGACACUAAGAACUCUGGAAUGAAUCUCACGCAAAGCAAAACGUUCUCGAGGAAGGCUAUCAACCAGAUGCGGGUAAAGAUUAAUGGAUCCGGACCUAGCGAACGUCGCCGCCGCGGUUCAUCACCAACAUCGUGGAUGACUAGCGAGAGAAAGAAAAGGUGGAAGCAAUGCUGUUGCCUGCGCGAAGGGUGGAGAGAGGCCAUCUUCAAAUGUCCUACGGCUAUCUUCCAAUUUGAUUUCGUACAGAGCAAUCACGUGGAAGCUGAUGAUGGGAGUUUCGAGGAGGACGUGGAGGUAGCGCUGAUCACCAAUCAUGCCAGUUCUUACAUGAUCAUGUGUGAAGCGUUUCGAACUCCCGAACAUGUUGACGAUAAGAAACUAGAAAACGCUGUAAUUACCCGCUCAGCUACGAAUGAACAAUUACAGGGAACGUUGCGCAGUAAGAGUUUGGACUUGUUUAGAAUCAAGACUGAACCAACUGCCGACAGCCCCGAUCCGCCGCCAUCAAUACGACUUCCGACUGAGUAUGGAAGCUUGCCGCCGGAUUACGGAACUCUGAUCCCGCAGGACUACGGCCGCCCUGUUCCUGGCAUCGAAGGACGAUCUGAGAUGCAUACUUUUUUCGAUAGCAAACUUUUUGAGGAUAAUACUGCCUGUCAGAAAACAAAUCGAGCAGCGGUUAUCACAGAGGGGGUAAAUGUUGGGUGGCUGCCCACUGGUUUGCAAGAGCGUCGCCGUGAUGCAGCAGCUACUGGGAAAGCGUUAUCGUUCAGUUUAUCCGGGUUAACGCCAGUAAUGGCUGCUAUGAUUGACUACGUUAUGAAGCCAUUUCGGCAGUUAAACAUCUCAACUACGGAAUUCGCUGCGUUGCAAGCUAUUAUGUUUUUUGACCCC